AUGACCGAAAAACCUCCAACUACGAAAGGCAAGAAUCGAGAGAAAACCACUACCGAGACAAUCGAUUCUGGUACAGAUCCAGGAGAUAAAGAAAAGAAAACUCGGAAUAGAACGGAUUCAUAUCCCAUUUCAUUGAAUUUAUGGAUAUUAGAAUUUGUGAUUUUGAUUUUAUUAGGUUUAGUAUGUUUUGGUUCAGCUACGACUUGGGCUAUAGUUAGGGAUAGUAAAGAUGGGAUUUAUGUUGGUACAUUACAAUCAUGUACACAAUCAAGUUGUACUUACCUAACCGCAUCAACCUCAUCAUCAUCAUCAUCAAGUCCAACCUUACCAGGUGUUGAUAUCCCAUCUCUUUUCCUAACUCUCGGUCUCGGAUGUUUAGCAGCAUUUUACAUGACCAUGAUCCUCUUUAUCUUUUCUUUCGCUCGUUUUUUCCGACCACCACCUUCAUCGACUGAAUCUAAUAAAUGGGGACAUAAAUUCGCUAGAUACGCAUACGCAGUGACGAGGUUGUAUCUUGGUGUAGAAGCGAUUUUGGUAUUUGCUUUAGCUUGUAAAGCUUCUUAUGUAGCUAAUCAAGCUAAAGGAGCUGGGAGUGUUGGUUGGGCUGUUGUUGGAUCUGGUUUAGCUGCCUUAUGGGUAUCUUCCAUCCUUCUAUUCUUCUGUUGGGUCUUAGAUUACACUGCCCCAAAUUCCAAAACUCAUAAAUUCUUCAUCAACCACGAUCUCUUACCAUACUUCAAAUCAUGCUUUGGAGGAUGUUGCGGUACGGGUUGUUGCGGGAUGAGUUGUUGUGGUUCUUCUGACAAUCCUGUCAAUGCGGCAGAACGAGGUCAAGGAGGUGGAUCCGGAGGUAAAGAUUCGAAUAAAGGGGGAGGUACGAGAGCGGAUGCGAGUGAAGAUACGAUGGCUCAUGAAAGACGUAGACGAAGAAAGAGAUAG